AUGAACCAAGAUGGCCGCUCUUUCCUAGCCGUUCCUCCUGUCUACGAUAACUCAACUGUCAACUUCACGCUCACCACGCAUUUUUUACGGCAUUCACAAGAUCAAAUGACUGCCAAGAAAGUUUUCUCCCUUGUUUUCGUGCGAAAUGCAUCUGAAAUACUGCUCGGCAUGAAGAAACGCGGUUUCGGACAAGGAAAGUGGAACGGGUUUGGCGGCAAAAUUGAACCCGGUGAAACGAUCCCUGAAGGCGCUGUACGAGAAUUACAAGAGGAGUGCGGAUUGAUUGCGAAAGACCUGAAGAAUGUUGGCCUGCUUGAAUUUAAAUUUGAAGGGGAUCCCACACUGUUGGAAGUGCACGUUUUUGAAACCCACAAAUAUCAUGGAAAUGUAACAGAAUCUGAGGAAAUGUCACCAAAAUGGUACGACUUGAAGAAUAUCCCUUUCAAGAAUAUGUGGCUGGACGACGAGCACUGGUUUCCAUACAUGCUAAGAGGGGAAUUCUUUAAAGGACAUUUUAUAUAUCGUGGCGAAGAUCUUAUACUAAAAUAUAAUAUCCAAGUUCUGGAUAAGCCUUCAGAAUAGCGUACAGCCUGAUUCAGUCCACAGUAUUUUACACACACUUGAAAAACCUUCAAUCCAUGAAGUAGAUUCCUAUUUACAGCAUAAAUGUUACCUAAGCAAAUACUAAUAUAAUCACCUUAUCAUUCAAAUUCAAUAUAAUUCUUAGUUGAAAAAUAGUAUUAGGUCAAAACUAAAAUGGGCCAUGCUCAUAUUCUACGAGUAAUACGUUAAGAUGUGUCUAAAUUUAAUAACUAACAAUCAUAUGCCAGUUUGUAGCAAGAACGUGCAUUUGGUCAACUUUCUUUUCGAGAUAAUUUAUUUAUUUUUAUUCUUUUUUGUAAUGUUUAACUCCCAGUCGAAAUACUCACAAUUUAAUAAUAUUUCAACUUGUUUCCUAAUAGUUUUAAGUACACAAUUGCUAAAAAUAAGAAGCUAGUAAGGUGAUUUA